UAUAGCCAAGCAAAGAAUAGAAGAGUUUUCAGACGUCAAUCAAAAUCAAACAUGCCUAAAGCACACAUAUAUCUUUGUUUCAUCAUUUUCUUACAUCUUUCAUCAGAAGAAAAUUUGAUGAGAGUCAGCGCACAGAGCCAGGGAGAUUGGUGUGUGGCAAACCCUACUACGGAUAAUGCAAAGCUUUUACAAAACAUAGAUUUCGCAUGUUCUAAAAUCGAUUGUCAAAUUAUAAUGGAAGGAGGUCCAUGUUUUAAUCCGAACACUCCCCUUAAUCACGCUUCUGUCGCCAUGAAUCUUUAUUACCAAGCUCAAGGAAGACACUUUUGGAAUUGCCAAUUUGAAGGCUCUGGUCUCAUUACCGUAAUUGAUCCUAGCUAUGGGGAUUGCAAAUAUCAAUUUCGUAAAUGAAGUCUACAAAGCUUCGACACCGUGACAAAGAAAAACAAAAAUUCUAGCUUGAAUGGUUCGAUUUAUCAUCUUGUAAAACAUAUGACUAUUCUAUAAUUGUCAGGGACUAAUAAAUUUACGAUGAUGUAUUAAUAAAUUGGUGUAUGCGUUUCUUUUCUU